AUGUAUGGACCAAGACCAAUGCACCCACAUGGUCCAAUGGGUCCAAUGCAUCCGAUGGGGCCCAUGCGACCAAUGGGUCCAAUGGGGCCAAUGAGACCCAUGGGACCAAUGAUGGGCCCAAUGCGACAUCCAAAUCCAGUGAGAGGAGCGAUCAAAGGUGCCGUAGUCGGAGGACUGUUGGGCGCGGCGGUAGGAAGAAUUUAG